AUGAGUCGCUGGUUCUCGCUGAUUCUCUACCUGGGCUGCCUCCUCGCCCUUGUGCAGGCCGCCACUGGCGCCGCUGACGCCGAGGCGCCCGCUGCCAGCGAGCCUGCCGCUGAGGGCGGCAUCAAGAACACGGUCACGCGCAUCAUCAAGGCGUACAUCAAUGGCGGUGUCAUUCCUGUCGACUACGAAGAGCGCGCGAAGAAGGACGAGGCUGACGGUGUUGUGCGCAUCACGGACGCCAACUCUGAGGAGCUGCUCGCGUCGCCGGGUGACGAUGUUUGGGUUAUCGUCGUUCAUGGCCGCGACGCCGACUUCCUCGCGACUGCCUUCACGGAGGCGCACGCGAACGUGACGAAGCGCUUUGCGAAGGACGCUGCCGCUGCAGAGGGCGACGCCAAGGCUGAGAUUGAGCACUUCAAGUUUGGCCGUCUCGACUACUACAAUGACUGGGCGACAUGCACGCGCUGGCUCAUCACCAAGCCGCCCUACCUCGUCUUCGUCUCCGAGAACAACGGCAAGAAGGAGCUCCGCUUUCUCAGCUUCCCGCCCUUCCCCGCCGAGGGCGAGAAGAUGUACAAGCUCAUCAAGGACGGCCACUGGAAGAACAUCCGUCCCUGGAAGUCCCCCUACAACCCCGUCGACGGCGAGCGCGGUGGUAACCGCAACCCGCAGCACCCUGCCCAGCGUCGUGCUGCUGCUGGUGCUGGCCGUCCUGCCCCAGCGGCUGCGCCCAAGUAA